AUGCCAGGGGACCACAGCUCCAAGGUCGACAUCUCCUUCGCCGGCCGCUUCACCGCCAGCGCCAUCGCAGCAUGCUUCGCAGAGAUAUGCACCAUCCCGCUCGACACCGCCAAGGUCAGGCUCCAGCUUCAGAAGAACGUCGUCGCCGCUGCCGCCGGGGACGCCGCGCCAGCGCUCCCCAAGUACCGCGGCCUGCUCGGAACCGCCGCCACCAUCGCUAGGGAGGAAGGGGCCGCAGCGCUAUGGAAGGGAAUCGUCCCGGGCCUCCAUCGACAGUGCAUCUACGGGGGCCUCCGCAUUGGCCUCUACGAGCCUGUCAAAUCCUUCUACGUCGGCAAAGACCAUGUUGGAGAUGUCCCUUUGUCCAAGAAGAUAGCCGCCGGCUUCACAACUGGUGCCAUUGCUAUCAGCAUCGCCAACCCCACUGACCUUGUCAAGGUCAGGCUCCAGGCUGAGGGCAAGCUUGCGCCUGGUGUGCCACGCCGCUACACUGGCGCAAUGGAUGCUUAUUCCAAGAUUGCUAGACAGGAAGGGAUUGCCGCUCUGUGGACUGGCCUAGGACCAAAUGUAGCGCGGAAUGCUAUCAUCAAUGCUGCUGAGUUGGCCAGUUAUGAUCAAGUCAAGCAGACAAUUUUGAAACUCCCUGGGUUCAAAGAUGAUGUGAUCACCCACCUCUUUGCUGGUCUUGGUGCUGGCUUCUUUGCUGUUUGUGUUGGUUCCCCAGUUGAUGUGGUUAAGUCGAGAAUGAUGGGUGACUCAGCCUACAAAAGCACUCUCGAUUGUUUUGUGAAGACACUUAAGAAUGAUAAAAUAUACAGAUAUGACCUUCCACUGAACACAUCUAAUAGUUGCAGGCCCUUUGGCAUUUUACAAAGGCUUCCUGCCAAACUUUGCAAGACUGGGAUCUUGGAAUGUGAUUAUGUUCUUGACAUUAGAGCAGGUUCAAAAGCUGUUUGUGAGGAAACCGGCAAGCUGAAGAUAGAGCUGUUUUUACUGAAGAAGCAAGCAGCUGCUGCUAUGGUGCUACGCACAAGGAGAAGCAGAGCAUACAACAACAAACACAGCACUGUGCAGUGUGGCCUCGUGAUUUGGAGAAGGAAGCAGUACUCCAAUUCAGAUGUUGCUCCUGAUCUUCAUCUUGCCGAAGAGCGAGUGCCUCCCCUCGGCGACGACCUGCCCCGUGGCGGCGUUGGCGACGAGGACGUGCGUGCCAGAGUAGGCGCCCUUGUGUCCGAGCGCCCUGGCGGUGAUGCGGAGGGCGUCCCCGGGCGCGGCGGCGGCGAGGUCGACGGACAUGUCGACGGAGACCUUGAGGUGGUGGCCGUCGGACACGGAGGCGGCGGAGCUGAUCUCGUCCACCAGAGCCACAACGGCGCCGGGGGCUAUGUGAUUGUCGCCGGCUGUGAGGCGUGCGGGGACCGUGAAGGAGCAGAGGAUGUGGCCCGGGCGGAUGCUCUCCACGCGGAUCCCCUGCAGCGCGAACCCCUCGAAGAAGCUGGGGCUGGGCUCCCCCCGCGCGACGGUGGCAGCGGCAGCAACAGCAGCUCGUCGGUUCAGCGCGUCCACCAGCGCGCCAUCCUCAUCGCUCACCCUUACCUGCAGCAACGCCUUCAGGUCAUGGUUAUCAGAAGCCGCCAUGGCUCCCCCUUUGCUUGCAGUCAGCAGUUUGCCUAUCCCUUCUUCCCCUUGGUUGGGAACUUGGGAGCCCCUAAAAAAUGGGGUGGGGAGGAGCCGGAGCAGGACAAGGGAGAAGAAGGGGUGGGCCCACAUGUCAGCUGCCGCAACUGCAAAGUGAUCAAUGUAUUAAUAAUUCCAUUCCGUUCCAUUCGCAGUGAUGAGGUGGGGUUCUUGCACCCAACACAAUUCUGCUCACUAGAAGAUGACGAUUCCAAUUCCCAACAUCCGGAGCCUCACCACACAAGGUACUUGUGGUGCAGAGACCACAAGCUCGCCAUCUCCGCCGAGAUCCUGCCCAGGCUCUACCGCGCUGCCCAGGAUGCCUACUGCAACGCAAGGGAUGCCCCGCUAUCCCCUACUCAUCUCAUGAGGCACACCAAGGCACUACUCAUACUUUGUCCUGACCUACUUACCGCAUGGAACUCCAGGAAGAUGGUGCUGUCAGCAGAGUAUGAUUUCACGAAGCUCAAGGAUGAGCUGCAAUUGUGUGCCUUGAUCCUUUCCUACUCGCCAAAGAACGAGAGCACAUGGAGCCAUAGGAGGUGGGUGAUAAAACAAGUUGCAGAGCAACAUCAAGAUAUGUCGGAGAUUAUAGAGAAUGAAUCAAUACUAGUCAAAGAGAUAGCAGAGAAAUCGAAAAUGAACUACCGUGCGUGGAGGCAUCGAUGCUGGCUUAUUCCUUACAUGACACGGAAACAGGUGCUGGAUGAACUGAAGAAGUCAACAAGAUGGAGUGAGCUACAUGUUGCUGACAAUUGCUGCUUUCACUACCGAAGGUCCCUUCUUCUUGCGCUACUAGAAAGUCGCCUGGGGAAUGGAGAGGAUUCCCUUAGUUGGGAGUCAGAAACUUACCUUCUAUGGAAGGAGGAGCUGAGGUGGGAUGAGAUGCUGAUCAGACGCUACCAAGGGAGAGAGUCGUUGUGGAACCAUCGCCGGUUCCUUUCACAGUGGUGGAUACAGCACUUGCUCACUGUUGAAGAAACCUGCCUCUCAACGAUGUCCCAGGUGGAUCUAUUUGUGACCCAGGAGAUAUACCUGCUGUCAGAGUGCCUGAAUGACCCUGAGGAUGAGUUUGAUGAGUCACGCGUCCAAGCAGAGCUUUCAGCAGUCUACAUCCUCUGGAUAUCAAAGGCAAUCACUACCCCUUUGGCCCUUUUACCCACAAGUCCCAGCAUUGAAAAGGAAGCUGGAAGAGAGGCUGCAUUCCAUUUCCAUGGGGAGGCUGCAGGACGUGAUGGAAAGAGCCUGCAGGCCGGAGAAGAGGCGGUUGUGGAUGAAUCUGCUGGGCUUGGCUGA